AUGGAAGAAGCAAAACUAACAAAACGCUAUCGUAACCCAUCGUUCGAAUCCCUUUUUCCCCGUCGCGACACGCGCCCACUUGCGCAGGCAAGCACUCCACGAUCUACAGCCCAUGCUGUAGCCGCAAGAUCGUCAGUUACCGCUUUGAUCAAAGACCUAAGAACGCAAGAGCGGCAGGUUGAUAGUCUAAGAAGCGUUCUUGAGAAAAUGCGUACAGAUCAUGAGAAGCGUAUUGACGACCUAAAAGCAGCCCAUGCGAAGGACCUCGCGAUCGUCAACGAGAAUCAUGUUGAUCAACUUGCAGAGGUCGAUGUGAAACACAACGAAGAGCUUACGCGGGUCAAGCUACGGUGCGAGAUGAACAGACCAAGACCAAAUGAACUAUCCCGGAUCUUUGAAAGGCAGCGAAGGUCAGCAUUACAAGUCGAAAUGGAGAAGAUGAAAGAAGAAGCACAAACGAGAAAUCUAUUGGACGAGGCUAAGAUUCGGGUGUUGGAGCGUGAGAAGGGCGAGCUCGAGCAUCGAUUGGCAAAGGUGUAG